CAAGGUAUCGUCACGUUUAGAAAAUAUUUCUGCCCAAUUGUAUGUGCAAUUGUACAACGCAUGCAUACAAGACAUUGCACAGGUUCUGAAUUAGUAAACGUUCGAAGGUGUAGUUAUAUAGAUAUAGAUAUACAACUUGUGCAUUGUUGUUAUGACCCACGGACGGAUCUGAGCACAAGCGUGCGCGGUAUUAUUUCUGCACUUGCUUCAGAUCUAAUUGAAGAACACAUGUUGAAAAUAUUCUGCGUGCAUUUAUUGCAGCCGUUCUAUCGGUCUGUUUGUAAAUAUAUUGAGAUUGAUCAGCUUACGUAAUAACAAUAAAACAGAUCUGAGUUAUUAAUGAUUUUUGCAAUAUUAACACUGCGUGCAAGUGCGGUAAAAGGAAGUUAAAAUAAGUCGCGUUGUUGAUCAAGGCCGCAGAGCAACGUAACGCGAGAAGUUUAUCUCGCGGGUUUUCGCUUAAAAAAUCGUCUUCCGCGCUUGAUGCGGAUCGAGUCGCGUGAAUAUAAAUUGUCAACUUGCAUGAGAUUCAAGAACAUGUUGAGUGCAUCGAGUAAAAAUAAUGAUUCGCCCGGAACCAAUACGUCAUCUUCAACGAUAUCGUCGUUAUCGACUUUAUCGGACUACACUUUAUCAUUGGCUUCGAGCAGCUCAGAAGCGAAUUUGCAACAACCCUCCGUUGACGUUCUAUUACUAGCAGCACAAGAUCCAACAACACUAGGAAACAAUAAUUUGCCCAAGGUUAUAUCAUCCAACAGUUCGAGUGAUGACACGAUGGCGGCAGAGCACGAGUUUAGUAAUUUUGCAAAAAUAUUAGAUUAUAGGAUUUUCAAGUGUUCCAGCUAUUUGACAACGUAUUUCCCGGAAAAUAUACUGAUUGACAAGCCCUCGGAUUCAGGUUCGCGAUGGUCUACUGGUAAUGAAGAUCUUCCGCAGUAUAUUAUACUGAAGUUGCAACAACCAUCGAUUGUCAAAACAAUAACUUUUGGAAAAUUUGAAAAAGCUCACGUUUGUAACGCAAGGAAAUUUAAGAUUUAUGGAGGCUUAGAGCCUGACAAGAUGAUAGAGCUAUUAGAUGGAGGUUUAAAAAAUGAUACUACUCCCGAAACAUUUUACUUAAAGUGUACUAUUGGAGGUACAGAAAAUUUCUUUCCUAUUCAGUAUGUGAAAAUUCUUUUAAUACAAUCUUGGGGUCCAAAUAUGAACUGCUCUCUUUGGUUUAUUCGACUUACUGGAUCGGACAAUCCUAAAUUGAUCAAAUCCAGAAUUGAGUGGCUUCAUCAGCAUCAACAAAAAGAAGUUGUAAGAUUAUGCAUCAAACAUUUCCGUAAAUAUCAACAACCUGAAAUAAUGGAAACUAUACAAAGAGUGACUGGCAUUACAUUAGAAGAUCCUCGAUUAUCAAAUUUGUAUAAUUUACUAGUUGUUAAUGGUGAUCACCAGCAAACCGAAGAAUUUAUUAUUGACGCUGUCCAAAAUGGUCUAUUAGAUGAUUAUAUUAGUUCGCAAACUUAUAAAGUAUCAUGGUCUAAAAUAUUAACCUCUGACCCCAAACCAGGGAUGAGAGGGGGUCAUCAAAUGGUUCUUGAUCCUUUAACAGAAACUUUAUAUUUAUUUGGUGGCUGGAACGGAAAUCAAGAUCUUUCAGAUUUGUGGACAUACAAUAUUGCUACUCGUGCAUGGACUUUACUGUGUCCAGAUACAUCAGCUGUGGGGGGACCUAGUGCUCGUUCAUGUCACAAAAUGUGUCUUGAUCCUGAAAAGCGUCAACUAUUUACAUUAGGACGAUAUUUAGAUACACAAUUAAGAAUACCUGUAAAUUUGAAAAGUGACUUUUAUGUUUAUGACAUUGAAUUAAAUAAAUGGACUAUCAUUUCUGAAGAUACAGCAGCUGCAGGUGGUCCAGAACUUAUUUUUGAUCAUCAAAUGUUGAUGGAUCUUGAAACAAGAACAAUCUAUGUUUUUGGAGGAAGAAUACUUCUUCCAGUACCAAGCCCAGAUGAAAAUUCUACCAAUUCAAAUGAAUCAGUUUUCUCUGGUUUAUACUCUUAUCAUGUACCUAGUAGAAGUUGGAAAAAGCUUGCAAGUGAUAUUUCACAACAUAGCAUUCCAAGUACAGAACUCAGCAUAAGAUCAAGAGUUGGUCAUUCCAUGCUGUUUCAUCCUGGCUCAAAGAAACUGUAUAUUUUUGCUGGACAAAGAGGAAAAGAAUAUCUAAAUGAUUUCUUUACAUAUGAUGUUAAUACAAAUGAAAUUGAACAUAUAUCAUUAAGUGAAUUAGGAUGUAGAGAUUCCAAUCAUAUUCCUGCAGCAGGUUUUACACAACGUGCAACUAUUGAUCCAGAUCGAGGUGAAAUAUAUGUUUUAUCGGGAUUAAGUAAGGAUAAGGAUAAAAGAGACGAAAAUGUUCAAAACUCUUUUUGGGUCUACAAUAUUAAACAUAAUAAGUGGUCUUGUAUAUAUCGCAAUGAAAAUGUUGAUGAAUUUUAUUGGAAUAAAAUGCAAAAAUUUGAGCCUUGUCCGCGUUUUGCUCACCAACUUGUUUAUGAUCAUAUCAACAAAAUUCAUUAUUUAUUUGGCGGAAAUCCAGGUCGAGCUAGUUUUCCUAAAUUGAGACUUGAUGAUCUGUGGCAAUUAAAACUCUGCAGGCCUUCCCAGGAUCAAAUUCUCACACAAUGUAAACUUAUUAUCAGAAAACAUAAAUUUGAAGAAUUAACGGUAAAUGACAGUUAUGAUGCUCUGCAAUAUUUACAAAGCAAAGUUUCUGAAAUUAUUGAUCAUACUGAUACAGAACAAGCCAAAGAGUUUCAAAAAAUGGCCACUACAAUUUUUAAGCAGUUAUCAUCUAUGGAAAUGUUAGAAAAUAAUCAAGACUUGAGUAAUUUAUUUGAUUUAGAGUCUAAUGAUAAGUCUAUGCAUGCUCACAGAAUGCAAUUGUAUGAUAAGUUAUGUGAAUUUUUUCCAGAAUCUCUGACUCAACCGAGAACAAAUCUCAUUGAUCUUUUACCAUUGUGAUAAAAUUUAAUUAUUUUUUAACAGAUAAUACUAUUACUGAAUUGUUGUAAUUUAUUUAUAUUUUAAAAAUGGAGAAGAUAAAAUGUUGAUUUGUAACAGUAACUAUUUAAUUGAGAAGUUUCAAGUAUUCAAGAUGUUAACUGGAAUCUGAAAUAUUUUAUUUGUCAAAUUGAUUGUAUUUUUUUCAUUUGAAAUGUUUAAUUAGCAUACAUUUUUUAUGUGUAUAUACAUAUAUUUUUCUUAGUUAAAUAUUAUAUUCCAAUUUAUUCUAUCAUUUCAUGUGAUUUUUGUGCCAUUUUCCAAAAAAUCUUUAACUUUUUAACGAUAAAAAUCUAGUAUUAGUUCAAAUAUGAAGUUGAGAUCCAGUUUUCAUUGUUAAUACUCAUUUUCAUUGUCUCUGUGUAUACUCGUAUUACUUAUGGUACUCAAAGAUAUUUUCGACUGUAAAAAUGUAAAGUGUAAAUUAAAAUAACAUGUAAAUUAUAUAAUACAUAGUAAUUAAAUUGA